AUGAGCCAGCCCAGGCCCCGCUACGUGGUAGACAGAGCUACCUACUCCCUCACCCUCUUCGAUGAUGAGUUUGAGAAGAAGGAUCGGACGUACCCACUGGGAGAAAAACUUCGCAAUGCCUUCAGAUGUUCCUCGGCCAAAAUCAAAACCGCAGUGUUCGGGCUGCUCCCCGUGCUCUCUUGGCUCCCCAAGUACAAGAUCAAAGAUUACAUCAUCCCUGACCUUCUUGGCGGCAUCAGCGGUGGAUCCAUCCAGGUCCCACAAGGCAUGGCAUUUGCUCUUCUGGCCAACCUUCCUGCAGUCAACGGCCUCUACUCCUCCUUCUUCCCCCUCCUGACCUACUUCUUCCUGGGGGGUAUCCACCAGAUGGUGCCAGGUACAUUUGCCGUUAUCAGCAUCCUGGUGGGUAACAUCUGUCUGCAGCUGGCCCCAGAGUCGAAAUUCCGGGUCUUCAACAAUGCCACCAAUGAGAGCCAUGUGGACACAGUGGCCAUGGAGGCCGAGAGGCUGCACGUGUCGGCAACGCUAGCCUGCCUGACUGCCGUCAUCCAGAUGGGCCUGGGCUUCGUGCAGUUCGGUUUUGUGGCCAUCUACCUCUCUGAGUCCUUCAUCCGGGGCUUCAUGACGGCCGCUGGCCUGCAGAUCCUGAUCUCCGUGCUCAAGUACAUCUUCGGACUGACCAUCCCCUCCUACACAGGCCCAGGGUCCAUCGUCUUUACCUUCAUUGACAUUUGCAAAAACCUCCCCCACACCAACAUCGCCUCGCUCGUCUUCGCCCUCAUCAGCAGCGUGUUCCUGGUGCUGGUGAAGGAGCUCAACACCCGCUUCAUGCACAAGAUCCGCUUCCCCAUCCCUACAGAAAUGAUCGUGGUAGUGGUGGCAACAGCUAUCUCUGGGGGCUGCAAGAUGCCCAAAAAGUAUCACAUGCAGAUCGUGGGAGAGAUCCAACGAGGGUUCCCCACUCCCGUGUUGCCUGUGGUUUCACAGUGGAAGGACAUGAUUGGCACAGCCUUCUCCCUGGCCAUCGUGGGCUAUGUCAUCAACUUGGCUGUGGGCCGGACCCUGGCCAGCAAGCACGGCUAUGACGUGGAUUCUAACCAGGAGAUGAUCGCCCUGGGCUGCAGCAACUUCUUCGGCUCCUUCUUUAAAAUCCAUGUCAUUUGCUGCGCUCUGUCUGUCACUUUGGCUGUGGAUGGAGCUGGAGGAAAAUCCCAGAUUUCAAGCCUGUGCGUCUCCCUGGUGGUGAUGGUCACGAUGCUGGUCCUGGGGUCCUAUCUCUACCCUCUCCCCAAGGCUGUGCUAGGAGCCCUGAUUGCUGUCAACCUUAAGAACUCCCUCAAGCAACUCGCCGACCCCUACUACCUGUGGAGGAAGAACAAGCUGGACUGUUGCGUCUGGGUGGUGAGCUUCCUCUCUGCCUUCUUCCUGAGUCUGCCGUAUGGUGUGGCAGUGGGUGUCGCUUUCUCCAUCCUGGUUGUGAUCUUCCAGACCCAAUUUCGAAAUGGCUAUACUUUGGCCCAAGUCAUGGACACUGACAUUUAUGUGAAUCCCAAGACCUAUAAUAGGGUCCAGGAAAUCCAAGGGAUAAAGAUCAUCACUUACUGCUCCCCUCUCUACUUUGCCAACUCGGAAAUCUUCAGGCAAAAGGUCACUGCCAAGACAGGUGUGGACCCCCAGAAAGUAUUGCUGGCCAAGCAAAAAUACCUCAAGAAGCAGGAGAAGGGGAGAACGGUGUCCAAGCAACAGAGGAAGUCCCUAUUUAUGAAAAACAAGACUGUCUCCCUGCAGGAGCUUCAGCAGGACUUUGAGAACGGCUCCCCAACUGACCCCAACAACAAUCAGACGCCUGCUAAUGGUGCCAGCGUGUCCUACAUCACCUUCAGCCCUGACAGCUCCACAGCUGCCAGCUGUGAGCCCCCGGCCUCUGCUGAGCCCAGUGACAUCCUGGCCAGCGUCCCACCCUUUGUCACCUUCCACACCCUCAUCUUCGACAUGAGUGGGGUCAGCUUUGUGGACUUGAUGGGCAUCAAAGCCCUGGCCAAGCUGAGCUCCACCUAUGGGAGGAUCGGUGUGAAGGUCUUCUUGGUGAACAUUCAUGCCCAGGUGUACAAUGACAUUAACCAUGGUGGCGUCUUCGAAGAUGGGUGUCUAGAGCGCAACCACGUCUUUCCCAGCAUACACGAUGCAGUCCUGUUUGCCCAGGCAAAGGCCAGGGAAGUGGCCCCAGGACACAACCUCCAAGGGGCUCCAGUGGACCCCGAGCUCUCUUUGUGUGAUUCGGAGGAGGACAGUCCCAGCUGCUGGGACUUAGAGCAGGAGAUGUUUGGCAGCAUGUUUCACACAGAGAACCUGACCGCCCUGUGA